AUGGCGAAGAAUCUCGAAACCAGACCGUCCGUUUCUGAUCUGGAGGGGGACAAUCGCUGGGCGGCUGUUGCGCAAAAACAUUGGUUAAAACAGAGCAAAAUUCGCAAGGUCAAACAAGAUGUCAUCAAGAACGAGAUAUGGGAUCCGUUGGAAGCGGAAGGAUUCACCACCCGCUCGCUCUUGACGCUGGAAAAUUUGAACAUUCUAGAGAAGUACCUUUGGCCUACGUAUACCGAAGAUGCGUCAAACCAUCACGUAUUACUUAUCGCCGUGACUGUGGGAAUAAAAAAGGGAGAGCAUCUGCCGAUAUGGGAGCAUUUUGCCGAUCGCCCGGACAGCUUCUCCAACCUUUUCCAUCGCAUCCUCUCUCUAAGCUUAGACGCAUCGCUUUCCACUUUCUCGAGGCUUUCGGUCCUAUCUUUCAUCAUCAGCGGCUUUCAAUCGCUAGAAAAUAGUCCUAUUAGGAAGGAAUGCGCCCCCCUAGUAUCUAUCUCCAUCUGGCACAACCUUUCGAGCGAGACCGCAAGGAAUCAAACAUUGGAAAAGGUGCCUACGCUGAAGAAGGCAUGGCGUGCAGCUGCUAAGAGAUACGAAGCCGCCGAUGAAUCGAUGAAGGCAAAGAUUCGAUUCGAGAGGGCAUGGCUGUACACUUUGAUCUUGGAUUUCCUGCAGAGAAUUAGUACGCCAGAUCAAGCGCAAGCUGACAACAUAAGAUACUGCGAAAGAUUUCUUGAAUUGCUUGUGGACUUGAAUAGUCAACUACCAACAAGGAGAUAUGUCAACACUCUUCUGCAAGACUUGAAUAUCCUUGCGGUCAUUCGACUUUCAGAGCUCUACAAAAAUCCAAACAAUUCAUUGAUACGCGACUUCUUUGCCUUGUUGCAUCAUUUCAUGAACUUCGCCAUUGAUGACUACACUGGCGAACCUCUUUCUAUGCAAACGACAUAUGACAUGCACUGUCAACGUCUGGCUCGGCUGCAGAGGACGGCGAUCAAGCAUUUCAAGGACAAACUCACUAUUCUCGCUCUAUCCAAUUACGGAUCUAUCGAGCAACGUUCAGAACUCGAAGGUAGUUUAUCCGUGUUGGAUGAUACAGAACUUGAGGAUCUCUGCGCCCGUCUUGGAUUUAGGACAAGCUAUCCGAAGCAGUCUCAGGUGACGGCUCAUCGCCAAUUAUUUCUCGAAAUCUUGUUGUCUCAUUUCGAAAAGAAGCCAUCUUUCCAGGAAUCAGCUGCCAAGCUUAGUAGUUUACCGACAGAAGAGAGCCUAUACGAGCCUGCUUUGCUGCGAAACGAAAAGUACGAUGGGUCACGGCCGCUUGCCAUUCCUAAGCUUAAUCUUCAGUAUCUCAGCUUAGGCGACUUUCUGUGGCGAUCAUUCAUGCUGUAUCGUUCGGAGGCUUUCUUCUCCAUCCGGAAGGAUCUUGAGGCUGUCAUGAAACGGCUACAACCGAGGGUCAAUAGAUCAACUCGUGAAGUCGUGUUUGAUGGAUUUACUAAAAUGGCAAUUCCCAUUCAUAAACCCGCGAUCAUCGAGGUCGCACAGCCUAAGGUAGGAUCCAAUAAGCCUGCAUUUGUUCGUGCCGAAAUCACUCUAGAGGUCGGCCGGCUAGCGGACAACAUACGAAAGGAGUGGGACUCAUUACGUCCAGACGAUACCGUGUUCCUCCUCGCAAUCACUUCUCCACCGACCUCGACGACAUUGAAUCUGACGGAUAAGCCUUCUCUCACAUACGUUCGUACAGCAGAUGUUGUCCAAGUCUUGGACGAAAAUGGACGCGUCUUGCGUGAGCCUCAAAAUCAGUUGGAAAAUGGAUUCGCUCGUCGGCCCCGGAUCAGGAGACUUUUGUUGAAUCUUGAUGCCGCUGCUUUUCAAGCAGAUCAAGAUAAGCAGGCGCAGGGCAAACGAGAAGUUUAUCCACUGAUCAACGUUAUUGUGAGAAGAAAAGGAAGAGAAAAUAAUUUCAAAUCAAUGUUACAAACAAUGCAACGACUCAUCACUUCGGAUGUUGCAUUGCCAUCUUGGCUUCAGGAGAUUUUCCUCGGUUACGGCGAUCCUGCCAGUGCUCGUUAUACUGAGCUGCCAAACCGAGUCAAGUCAAUAGACUUCCGCGAUACCUUUUUGGAUUGGCAGCAUUUGGUAGAGAGCUUCCCUGGGAAGACAAUCGAGCCUUCGGGCAAGGAGUCCUCCAGCUUUGGACCGCCAUACGUUCUGCAGACCGUGGAUGAGCCCCAGGAUCAGAGUGCAGGAAACGCUUCAAAGAAACGUCGACGUGGCCAAGUAGAGACCCAGGCAGAGUCCGGCUCUAUUCAUGUAUCAACAUACAAGCCUCCUAACCCUGGACCAUAUCCCGUCGACGCUCCCAAACUGAAUACAGUCCGAUUCACACCCGCACAAGUCGAAGCAAUCACAUCCGGAACCCAGCCCGGUUUGUCUGUAAUAGUGGGACCUCCUGGCACGGGAAAGACGGACGUGGCGACACAAAUCAUAAAAAACAUUUAUCAUAAUUUUCCUUCCGAGCGUACCCUUCUGAUUGCACACAGCAAUCAGGCUUUGAAUCAACUCUUUCAAAAAAUCGUCUCUCUCGAUAUCGAUCAGCGUCAUCUCCUGCGACUAGGCCAUGGCGAAGAAGAGCUGGAGACAGAGGCCAGUUAUAGCAAAUAUGGACGGGUUGAAUCUUUCCUUGAAAACCGCACACAUCUACUGGCAGAAGUUAGUCGUUUGGCAGCUUCGAUUGGGGCUUUAGGUGCUCAUGGCAACUCUUGUGAGACCGCAGAAUAUUUCAACACUGUUUAUAUCCAACCGGCGUGGACAAAAUUUUGGGACAAAGCACAAUCAGAUUCGGCUUCGGUAGAAUAUAUUGCAAUCUCUUUCCCAUUCCAUACCUACUUCUCAAAUGCACCAAAUGCAUUGUUCACUCCGGGAAGCUCUAAGGAUGAUGUGCUUGAUGCUGCAGCCGGAGCACAGAGGCAUAUUGAUAAGAUCUUUUUGGAGUUGGCAGACAUUCGCCCUUUUGAGAUCUUAAGACAACCUCGGGACCGUGCUAAUUAUCUACUCAUCAAAGAAGCCAGGAUUAUUGCAAUGACAUCGACACAUGCAGCCAUGCGUCGACAAGAAAUUGCCGACUUGGGUUUCCGUUACGACAAUGUCGUCAUGGAAGAGGCAGCACAGAUUACGGAAAUUGAGACAUUUAUUCCCCUAGCAUUGCAGAACGUGGAAGAUGGCCAGCUCCCUUUGAAGCGGGUUGUGCUGUGUGGUGAUCACUACCAGAAUUCACCUAUCGUACAGAACCUUGCAUUCAGACAAUAUGCCAACUUCGAACAAAGUCUUUUCCUGCGAUUUGUACGAUUAGGCGUGCCAACAGUCACACUCGACCAACAAGGCCGAUCACGGCCUGGCAUAGCUGAUCUAUUCAAAUGGCGGUAUAAGAGUCUGGGGCAUCUACCUCGACUCGAAGAAGCGCCAGAAUAUAGCCAAGGGAAUGCAGGGUUCGCAUAUGACUACCAAUUCAUCAACGUUGACGAUUAUCAAGGAACUGGCGAAAGAGAACCAGCGCCUCAUUUCAUACAGAAUCUCGGAGAAGCGGAGUAUGCUGUGGCCUUAUAUCAGUACAUGCGACUCCUCGGAUAUCCGGCUUCUAAGAUUACCAUUCUCACCACAUAUGCUGGACAAAGAGCUCUUAUCAGAGAUAUUCUAAAUCACCGCUGUGCCAAAAUUCCAAUAUUUGGCAUGCCUCGGAUAGUAACAACGGUUGAUCAAUACCAAGGCGAGCAAAACGAUUAUGUGAUUCUUUCAUUAGUUCGCACGCGAACAGUUGGUUAUCUACGGGAUGUUCGCCGCCUAACCGUUGCAUUGUCGCGGGCUCGACUCGGCUUGUACAUCCUCGGACGCCUGGACGUCUUCGCGUCAUGUUAUGAAUUGAAGCCAGCCUUUGACUUACUCGCCAAGCGUCCCAAUAAGUUGAUGCUCAUUCCCGGGGAAAUGUAUCCUACGAAGCGGCUACAAGCGGCUAAAGUUGAGGGUACGCCAAUGGAGAAUCUCGAGCAUAUAGGUCAAUAUGUCUUCGAAAUGACUCAGGCCAAGUUGGAAGCAAUUGGCGAUGUAGAUGUCGCCAUCCCUACCGAAUUUCCGGAUGAUAUCGAGGAAAUGGAUGAAGACGAGGUCAUGGUGGGCGGAGCCGAUGACGACGUAGAUCUUACUGUGCAGCAACAUGUAUGA